AUGAACCAGGUCAACUUGAACAAGGAUGAUGAAGUCGAAUAUCUUCAGUUCUGCAAUGAAGCUACCUUCCGGAUUACUACACUGGAAGCGAUGUUGGCUAGACAUAAACAAACAGCGCCUCAGAAGUAUAUGGCCUUAGAAAAGAAAUUGCGUUUUGACCCCCGGCUAGCUGAGUUCCUACAGGCCGAAACAAUUCAAAUACUACCUGAUAUAAAGCUAGUUCUUUUUAAGUGGUGUACACGUAGUUUACGCGAACGACAAAAAUUGAUUAGAAGAUGGCACUUAAAUAUCCUUCAGGCUGAUGCUAUUUUUAUUGCCGGUGCUGAUGAUGGCCGCAUCCAUUUCGAUAAUUCAAUGGAACUCGCUUCUUCAUAA